ACAACAUUUGCUCGGCCCCUUUGCUUGCUUCGUCUUGCCGGAACCGGAAGGGGGGAGGACGCAGGCGCAAAGCUUUCAUCAGAUCUCGCCGCCCGCACGCACCGCGAAGGUCACGUCCCAUGAACUCGAGGAGAGACUUCCGCAGCCACAGAGCUGCUUUAUUUGAUGGCAUUGAAGAAGGUGGGAUAAGAGCUCCAGCGUACUCUUCUCGUGAAAUUCAUGAGCAGGAGAAUGACCAAGCUAUGGACAGUUUGCAUGAUAGGGUCAGCAUUCUCAAAAGAUUAACUGGUGAUAUACACGAAGAAGUGGAGAAUCAUAACCGAAUGCUGGACAGAAUGGGUAAUGACAUGGAUGCUUCAAGAGGAUUUCUUUCUAGAACGGUGGACAAGUUCAAGAUGGUCUUCGAGACGAAAUCAAGCCGCAGGAUGGCUACCAUGGUGGCAUCCUUCAUUGCUGUCUUCUUACUCAUUUACUACCUUACCAAGUAGGAGGAUGCCCACUCUGGCAUCGGCUUGUCAGCAGCUGCGUGUCGCUGCAUGUGAUGGUGUAUAUUGCCUGAUUGUAUGACCCCAUUUUCCACACUUAAUGACCAGAGCAUUGGUUCUCAAAAGAAAAGAAGCGUUGGCGGAUUGUGAGGUGAUGUUCUGCUGCCAUCUCAUCUCAAGUGUUUGUUAUUACAUGGAUGGGUAACCCUGGUGGGAGGAUAUGCUGCAUUUUUGUACCAAACUGUUUGGAUAUUCUUGUACAUGUGUGCCCUUGCUGGGAAUUCGGAUAUGGGGGCAUCGGCUAGAGAUGCGGCCUGUCGAUGGACUCCACUCCAGUGCUGUCUGAUAGAUGGCGCAAAUGUCAAAUGUGACUUUUGUCUGUCGUGGUGAGUGAAUAACUGAAUCCUGAUUCCUGAAUCGAACCUGAACAUGGCUUUGGCGAUCGCUUCAUCUGACGCAUCAAGCAUUCGGGUGAUGGAUGCCGUGUCGCUUUGAGUUUACUGUGACGGCGACUCGACGUUCAUUCA